CCUUGGUAGAAGUGGACUGGGUUCAUCUCUGCCAUGUGCCACCUGGAACUGGAGUUUGAUCUGACAUGGGACAGCAGUUCAAGCCUCAGACCGUUUCAGGGACCAGCUCUGCCAGGCUAAGCAAAGAUGUGAAUCUGCUUUGUGAUCCAGUAGCCGAAGGUGGAGAAGGGGAUGCAGCACUGGGGCACCUCUGCGGCUCGCAGGACACGAAGGGGCACCCGAGCACGGUGACCGGCCAGCCCCCACCGCCUUUCAGUCACUUCCCAGGCGCUGGUCUGGGGAUGGUCGCAGCUAAUAACAGCCUUGUCCCCUUCCAUCCCCCCGCUUUCCACGGCCCUAACCCGCUGUGAAUGGCACCGAAACCGCCUUUGUUCCUCUCCCCGGGGGGGCAGGACCGAGCUGCCUGCGGCUAUAAAAGGGGGCGGCAGAGCCGAGCGGCUCCGGCCCCGGUUCCUGCCCCAGCUGCGGGGUCCCAGCCCCAGCCAUGGGUUACCCCAGUGCUGCUGCCACCCUGCUCUGCCAGCUUGGGCUCUCCGCAGCCAUCCAGUGGCUGGGGCUGAUGGAGAGCGGGGUGGCCUGGAACGAAAGCCAGCACUGCCGGCUGCUCGCCGGGAUGGUGCCCGACCAGCUCCAGCUGUGCCGGAGGAACAUAGAGGUCAUGCACAGCAUCGUCCUGGCUGCCCACCGCACCAAGAGCAUCUGCCAGAAGACCUUUGCAGACAUGAGGUGGAACUGCUCCUCCAUCCAGCACGCCCCUAGCUUCGGGCCCGACCUCCUGCAAGGAACCCGGGAAUCUGCCUUUGUCUAUGCCCUGGCGGCCGCCGCGGUCACCCACACCAUCGCCCAAGCCUGCGCCUCGGGAGAGCUCCCGCUCUGCUCCUGCAGCUCCAUCCCCUCGGAGGUCCCCAGCCCCGACUUCAGAUGGGGUGGCUGCGGGGACAACCUGGCCUAUGGCCUCCAGCUCGGUGCAGCUUUUGCUGACAGUCCCUUAAAAUCCAGCAAGCUGGGGACAGGAGCGCUGAAGGCCGUGAAUCUGCAUAACAAUGCGGUGGGCAGGCAGGUGGUGAGUGACUCCCUGGAUACCAAGUGUAAAUGCCAUGGUGUUUCAGGCUCCUGUUCGGUCAAGACCUGUUGGAAGGGACUGCCCAAGCUGGAUGAAAUUGCCUCUGACCUCAAAUCUAAGUACCUGGCAGCCAUCAAGGUGAGCCACAGGCUCGUAGGGCACAGGAAGCAGCUGAUAGCCAAAGAAACGAGCAUCAGGCCGGUGCAAGAGGCAGACCUGGUUUACCUCAUCAACUCCCCUGACUACUGCACCCCGAAUCUACACCUGGGGUCUCUGGGGACACAGGACAGGCAGUGCAACAAGACCUCCAUGGGCAGCGACAGCUGCAACUUGCUGUGCUGUGGCCGUGGCUACAACACCUACAGCGAGGAGGUGGUGGAGAGGUGUCACUGCAAGUACCACUGGUGCUGCUACGUGGUGUGCAAGAGGUGCUGGCGGAAGGUGGAGAGAUACGUCUGCAAAUAACACCAGAAGCAGCAGGGCAGGCAGCAGGACUCUGCUGGUGGUAUCCUUCAGGGCACGGCUGGAGACCAAACGCCAGCUGUGAGGGAUGCUCUGAGCUACAGCAAGGAGGGCACUGUGCAGGAAGCCUGGGCUCUUGCAUCACCAUGGAAGACCCCAGACUGAGAGAUGCUGGGAAGCUGGAGGCUGACCUCUGCUCCAUCUCUCCAGAGCAAGACAAAGAGCUGCCCUCCUGCAGCUGAUGGGGAGCAUCCAUCCCUCUGUCUCCAGCUGGGGACAAGCCAUUUAUCACUCUGCAUGUGCUGGCCCUUUUCUCCUGGGCUGAAUGGGGGGGACCUGGGCUGCCAUUGUCUCCUUGCAGGAGGUUUCUGACAGUGGCCUGAAAGCCAGGAGUAAUGGAUGGGAAGUGGGGUGGAAGGAUGCAGGAGAAGAAAGCUGCUCUGGGUGAUGGGGUCAUGGGCAGCUCCUCUAUGGACAGGUUUCUGUUGUGGACUCACCCAACAUUGCUGAAGGUUCCUCUCCAGGGGCAAGCACUGUUCCAGUGCCCUUUGCAGCAUCUGAGAUGAGACACAGGCAGAACUAGGUACUGCUCCAAGAGACACAACUCGUCUACCCUCCCCACAACCUGCAUGGAGACUGCUGCUGCUCUCAGUGGUGACUGAUGAUGGCACACAGACUGAGGGGGCAGGAGCUGUCCCAGAGCUGCAGAAGCAGGGCAGUGUGGCACAAAUGCACCUAGCAGCCUUGUGUUAAUGAGGCAGCCAUGGCAGAGCUGGAACUUCUGCCCUCUGAGCUCAUGUUAGAUGUGGAAGCCUACUCAAUGUGUAGAAAUACUCAUGGCUUGUCCUCUCUACUCCUUUUAGGCCACUAAAAUCUUCAUCCCACUUCUUCCUCCCUUAAUAGCAGGCAAGCUGGCACUCUGGCAUGGAGAGAGGACACAACUCCAAGGCCCUUGGGAAGUAAGAAUGAGCCUUUACUCCAUACUUUCUGUAAGUGGGAUUCUGGUGUGUAAAUAAAUGCAUUAUAUCAUA